GGUUGUCUGAGGGUUUGUGAAGGCGGCAGCAGAUGCGCCUCCAUGCCGCUUUAAAUCAGCUAAGAAGCCACUAGUCCAAUUAAGCGAAAGGAGGCGGACAUAAACGCAGGCAGGCUAAUAAACUCACCAACGACGAUGGAUAUGAGCGUCUCUCCGGCACAUGACGACUUGAAACGACAGACCGCCAAAACAAAACAAGUUGGACCAGAAGCGACUCAGUAUCUUCAGUGAGAUGAAUUUUGAGCGGUGGUAGUGUCGGUUUCUGGACUCAAACAUUAAGCCUUUGUAAGCUCCUGCAGAGUUGUGUUGUAAGGCCUGCGUCAUACGGAGUUUCCUCGCUGUUUGUGGAGGUGCCUCGGUAACAUGGAAACAUACGCUGAUGUGCUGCUUGUCACCGCAAAUGUCGGCUCACUCUUUGACAAUUUGGGUGAAAUUCAAAAUGAAUGGUUACAAGAAUUGUAUAAGACGAUCCACAGCCACAAGCCGCAGUUCAUCGCCCUGCACUUCCAGGAGGUGGGAGGGAAGGACUACAUGGCCAACAUGGGCCACGCCGAAAACUUCUUUUGGAUCAUUGAAUCCAGCGAGGAAAUGAAAGACUAUGACAGGGUCUGCAUCUAUGUGGACAACCAGUUCCAAGCAGAAGACAGUUUCACGGCUUUGGGGAGCAUGUACUUCAUCCACAAGACACUGAAAAACAUCCAACAGUAUGAUUUUAAUGUUAAGGAUUUCAAAACAGUGUCGGGACAGAGCAAGCACGUGGGCUCUCUGGAUGGGGUCAGCACGGUGGAGAAAGAAAAAUUCCCAAAGAAUUUCUGGCCUGAUUUCAAGUGGUCCAGGAAGGGCUUCAUGAGGACCCGCUGGAUCAUACACAACCAAGGUCUGGACCUGGUUAAUGUCCACCUGUUCCACGAUGCCUCCAACCUCAUUGCCUGCAACUCCAGUCCCUCCAUUUACUCGGCCAACCGCAAAAACGCUCUCAGAUAUGUCAUCAACAGGAUAUCAGACAGCCGGUACACUCCUCUGCCUUUCUUCCUGUUUGGAGAUUUUAACUUCCGUCUGGAUGCACUCAGUCUGGUGCAGCAUCUGUCCACCUCAGCAGAUGUGCAGACAGUGAAGAAGGACAGCAGCAACGAAGUGGAGAAGAUCAUCUGCGAAGAGAAAGACAACGACCACCAGGUGCUGCUCCACAUUGAGGAUAAGCUGUUUGCCUACCUGCACCAGGCGGUUUUCAGAGAGGACAACGGCAGAGCGCUCUUGAAGUAUGACAAAGAAGUCGCAGCCUUUCAUGAUGUUAUUCGGGAAGAGGACAUCGAGUUUCCUCCCAGCUACCCCUACAGUGAAGAGUACACUAAACCGACCCGGUACAUGAACACUCGCUGCCCGGCCUGGUGUGAUCGCAUCCUCAUGUCACACACUGCCCAAGAGUUCAUCCACAGGGGAGAUGACGGUGAUAAGAGCCUCGUUUACGACACAGUGGGUCCUAAUGUCUGUAUGGGAGACCAUAAGCCGGUUUUCUUGUUCUUCUCACUGAAGACGAAUGACCAUUGACUCGGAUCCUUCUCAAUGGUCUAUAUCCUCACAGCUCUGCCACAGUAUCAGUACAAUGGAUAACCAACACGAUGGUUACCGGCGACAAACACCCUCACAGCCAGCAGCGGGUCUCGACACAGAGAUUCCCCGCUGUGAAAACCCCGUCGUCUCAUCACUUGCAUCUCACUAAAGACUCUCUUACUGCCACGCAGACAGCCACAGCUCCAGAGCCACAAGCACUGAUUAAUCUGCAGCUGGGAUGGAUUUCUGAUGCAGUUUUCCAGCUCACUCUCAGAUCUAAAGUCCUUUGACCUGAAUGCAAAGUGUCACGAAGGCUAUACAUAAUACAUCAUGUUACAAUACAUCAUGUUACAUUACAUAUUAAAUAUUGUUAUUUAGCAGAUGCUUUUAUCCAAAGCGACUUGCACACACUUACAUUUUGCAGUCAUGUCUACAGGGGCAAAUUGGGGUUAGGUUCUUGCCCAAGGACACGUCUUCAGCAUGUUGACUACAGGUGAUUGGAUCGAAACACAGACCCUCUGAUUUGUAGAUCAGCACAUUAAGCCCCACAAUUCCUGCUUCCUUCAGCCGGAUGAUGUAGAGGCUGAAGUGUGUAACUGUUGGCCAUCCUCUUAACAUGGAUCUGUACACAAAACAUUCCUCCUUUUCUGCAUUCCUUUUUAAAUAUGCCUUUUUCUUACUGGCAGUGUCAGACAAACCCCAGCGAAGGCGUCACAGAUGUUCCCAUACCUUUACUGACCAUGGAUAGUUCAUCAGAAUAAAAAAUCAGACAGGUCACUUUGUAGCUCCUGAGCUGCACAGCUUUCACCAAGUAGGUUUUAAAUUAGCUGUUCAUUCGGCUAAUCAGAAUCCAGUGUUGUGAAACAUACCUUGUUGUAGCUUAAUAUUAUAAAUCAAGAUUAUUAUAAGGCUCUGAUGAUAGUAAAACAUGUGGGUUCUUUAAUAUCAAGUAUGGAUCUGUCCUACUGCCUGUUUGUUCUUUUAUUUUUUAUUGUACGCCAUUUCUAGGUCAUUAGAGUUUACUACAUCUGUGAGUAGAUUCCCAGGUAGACACAGUCCAGGAAUGCUGCUAUGUCAGUUGAAAGUCUACGUGUUUAGUCAGAUGCCCUUAUUAAAUGAAAUAUCGUCUAUGAUCAGUCAGGAGAACCCACAAGCAAACAAAACCUCUGGUGUUGGCUUUCAUCUGUAGGCUACUUUGGAAGUUGAUUAAUGAGCCGCAACAUACGACUCCUAGUCAUUUGUGUCUGUAUGUGUGUGUGUGUGCUGCAGGUCUAUAUCCUCAUAGUUCUGCCACAAUAUCAGUACAAUGGAUAACCAACACGAUGGUUACCGACCACAAACACCCUCACAUCCAGCGGCGGGUCUCGACACAGAAAUCCCCCGCUGUGAAAACCCCGUCAUCUCAUCACUUGAAUCUCACUGCCACAUACUGACAGCCCCAGCUCCAGAGCCAUAAGCACUGAUUAAUCGGCAGCUGGGAUGGAUUUCUGAUGCCGUUUUCCACCUCACUCUCAGAUCAUCUAUGAAGAUUAUCUUACUUACAUUUUAUCCAUUCUCUUAGUUACUUUCUCACAUGGGCUUUAAUUAUGUCACAUACUGUAUCUCUUAACUGAGUCCCUUGCAGAUUUGGUUUUGUGUUUAAUGACACUACACAGAGGACAACAGGCCAAUAACAUUUUUAGGCAACAAGACUGUGUUUUAAAUCCAGGAGUAGGAGCUGAACUUAUUAACACAUCACAACAGAAGAGUGUUGAAUUUUAAGUUACAUUAUUUUAAUUGUGUACCAACUUUACGUCUUUACCAAGUGCUUUAUUCUACAAGCUGUAACUCUUCAGCUCUCAAGUUUUUGUUUCAGUUCGCAUAAAUCUUUUUCUCCCUGUUCUGGUUGGCAUCAAUAUUAUCUCAUUGCCAAAACCAUUCAACUAUAUUCCCCACAUGUUUACUUAAAGAGGCCCUAUUACGCUUUUUGGGGUUUUCCCUUUCCUGUAGUGCGUUGUAUAGGUCUUUGUGCAUGACAUCACUAUGUAAAACUCUGGCUUCUAUUGGAUAGCGCUCCAACACAUUAUACGUGAUAGGCUAAGGGGCGGGACAUCUCUAAGCGGUUGACCAGUCCUAACAAAGUGAGCCAGUUAACCAGUCAGAGCAGACUGGACUCUGGUUUCAGACAGAGGGUGGAAAGAGGUGCUGCAGCACAGGCAGUAUGAGAAAAAUAAAGAGCUUUUUGAACAUUAAAGCAUGGAGACCUGUCACAGUGUACCACUAUGAACCUGAACAUGAGCAUAGGGCCCCCUUUAAGGACUGUGGAUGCAUCGAUCACACUGAUUCACUUCACAAAAUCCUGUAAACACACAGUAUAUACACACGUGUGCACCCACACACAGAAGGCACUGUUUGCUUUUGGAUAGAUGUUAGUUUUGUUUUGUUGAAUCAUAUAGUCUUAAACUGUAGCACCAGUGCUGUAUAAUAGUGUUGUGUGAAAUGUUAGCGUGUUUGACCUGGUUUUAAUAAUGACUAAUUGAAUUUAAAAGAAUGUAAAAUAACUUUGCUGUUUGUUACUUCCAUUCCUCUUCUUACACAUUAACUGAAGCUAAUCCCAGCUGACAUGUAUUUUAUUUUUUGUGUGUUAUGUGAUACUUUUUUGGUCUAACACAGCUAGGUGAAACAAUAUACGUCAUGCAUAAAAUUCACAGGUAUUCGUGUUACUUUUGGUCUGUCAGUCUUGCUUGCACAGUGGGACUGAAGCCUUGCCAUAACAAGAUUAAGUUAAGAAUAAGUGACGCAAAUGUUUGUAUAGAUUAAAGAGUGUGUCGGUGAUAAUCUUGUAGCAGUUCCCUGUUGACAGACAUGGGAGUGGACUUCAUUAAAAGGCCAGUAUUACCUUUAGACUAACUCUGGUAACACUACAGCAUUGUCAUACUUCACUUUUCUAAAUAAAAUAUUCCCCUCAGAAA